CCAGAUACUAAUCGUAAAAGUUGGAUCUCAAGACAUCGUACUUUCAAAUUUUGAAAAAGCCUUUUGGGUAAACCAGCUAGGAACUCCUAAAAAGAAUCUACUUAUUCCUUUCUCGUUAUUCAUUCUAGACUUUUAAAAAAACCUCAAUCAUCGACAAUACGUUAAAAGUGCCAUACGAAAUAUCAAUCCAUUCAUGGUACUUGUUUUCGCACGCCUGUAUAUCAAUCCUUGCAAUUAUUGAGUAGUGUUUUAUUUGUAGCUAAUUAAAGGAUUGAAUAAUGGCAACUGAGGAUUCAUCAUGGACAGUCAAACAAUGCAUUCAGGUCUUCCGUGAGUUUUUAAUUGUCUGUAUUCAUUGCAUACUAUGCAAUCGUCACUUAUACCCAGAAAGCCUUUUUAUCAAAUCUAGAAAGUAUAACACUGUUGUUUGGCAAUCCCGCCAUCCGAUACUAUGCAAUUACAUUAAAGACGCUGUUGAGGCCUGCACUCAAGAAUUGCAAGAGGGAGCAGUGGAAUGUAUAUAUCUCUCUAUUGUAUCGAAAGAUCAGGUGGAACUGGAACGUUACAUAUUCUCAGCUUAUUCAAUUCCAAGAAUCCCAGACUUUCUAUUGGAAAAACCCGUAUCUCCAAGGAUGCCAUACUCUGAUUCUUUUGUAGAAUCUCUAAGAGCAGCAAUGAUCCGAAUUCAAAAUACUACACGUUCUUUACGAAAUCUCCCUGAAGAUUGCUCAUGGUCGAUUCGGCUCACCUUGAAAGAAAACGACACUAGACCCAGAGCUUGGGAAAACUGGUAUUUAUCAGAAAAUACUCCGGAAUCCAAUUUGGAAAGAAGAUACAGAAAUCUUACAAUACCUUUAAGAAACAUUUCUAUUGGGCCAAUGGAUUCUGAAAUAUGGCUUGAAUCACACCCUGACGCAUAAAAGAGUGGGAAAUAUUAAGCUGACUACAUAACUGCAAUAGGUUAAGGAUUUUAAUUAUGCUUGAUGAACUUAUUAUAUAUGCGUAUACUAAUUAAAUGCAGUAAGUUUCUUGGUAAGCAGUUUUUCUAGGCCGAUUAAAACCAUUAUGAUAGUAUAAAUUUAUUUAAGUUAUGUAUACUCUAAAAUUUUCUAUAGACGUGCCUAUUUUACUUUUAUUCAUCCAAAAUCAUAAAAAAUAACGUG